ACCAUCGUCUGUUUUACUAGUGAUCCAAGGGCCACAGGUUGGAGACUACUGUAUUAGAUAAAUCUAUGUAAUUGUUCGAUGUAGCACAUGGUAUUAUUGCAAGAUGUUAUUGUAGUAAUCGACCCGUAUACAUAAUAUGAAUUAUCUAUAAUUAAACUGACAGUUUUCACAGUUGUGGAUAUGCCUGGCGAUUUCCAAACGAUUUAGACGACUCAGCUGAUUUUGGUGAUUCUGAUGAUUUCUACGACUUCUGACUAUUCCAAACGAUUCCGACAAUUCGGCAAGUACUGGCGAAUACAUUUCUCUGGAGUCGGAACCGGAGUCACCCUGGUCAGAUUUGUACUAGUGAUGGGUAAAUUAAACAAAUAUCCCGAGUCGCUUCCGAAUAACUCCGCCAAAAUCGUAAGUGGUUCCGGUAGGUAGGUGCAACAUUCUAAAACUCGGAACCGUCCGGAGCCGCGCGGAGCCGCCGGUAGUCGGUAGCCGAAGCCGGUCGGAGCUGUCAGCUGCCGUCCGGAGCCGUUGUAACCGACCGGAACCCGUGUCCUCUGAAGUGCUUCACAAGUACUCUCAAGUGCUUCAAAUCGCCGGUAUAAGCGAUAAUAGAGUUGAUGAGUUUAAGAAAUGUCUGCUUCAUUUACUGCACUGAAGGUGUUUUAACAAUCUUCUUCUUCUUCUUCUUGGCUCAACAACCGUUGUCGGUCUAGGCCUACCUGUACCACUUGUGGGCUUGGGUUCCAGUGACUUAUUGAUUUCCCUCCAUAGAAAGAUAGUCAGUCGUACGUAUGGCGGCACGGUCCAUUCGGGGCCUAAACCCAUGACGGGCAUGUUGUUAAGUCGUUCGAGUUGACGACUGUACUAUGAGACCGACUUUUUAACAACACUUUUGAAACAAAAAUACUUCGGUUUCAUACUUUUUCUUAAGACAUUGAGACACUUUUAAAUCUAAUUUGUAAAAAUAUGCAUUCACUCAUUGUUUAAACUGUUUUAUUUGAUAAGCAUAUAAAAAGCAUAAUAAGGCGUUUCCAGUAGACUGAUGACCCCAGGGGAUGUAGACCGUACGUUUUGGGCGUAGAACACUGUGUUCGAGGAAUGCCAAAGAUUCAGUAUUGCAUCCGAUGGAUUCAGGUAUCAGAAUCCAAAAUCAGAAUCUACGCCAACAAAAAAAAAGCAGUUCACCUCAAAGAACCUGUCGCGACGGACGAAGCUGGGACUAUAUAGUACCUAUAUAGUACCAGUACUCACAUACGCCUCUGAGCCAUGGACACUGUCCAAAUCUGACGAAACCCUCUUAGCCGCGUUCGAGAGGAAGAUGCGCAGAAGGAUACUUGGCCCCGUAUGUGUGGAAGGACAAUGGAGGAGCCGCUAUAAUGACGAGCUAUACGAGAUGUACGGCGACCUCACUGUCGUGCAGCGUAUAAAGCUCGCCAGGCUCCGGUGGGCUGGCCAUGUUAUACGCAUGGAAACGGACGACCCAGCCCGUAAAGUCUUUUUAGGCCGUCCACAAGGACAGAGGAGGCGUGGUAGGCCCAAAUUGAGGUGGCAAGAUGGCGUGGAGGCGUCCGCCAUUAAGGCCGGGAUAACGGACUGGCAGACGAAGGCGCGAGACCGUGAGCGGUUUUGGACACUCCUGAGGCAGGCCAAGACCGCUAAGCGGUUGUAGCGCCGGAUAAGUAAGUAAGUAAGGAUUCAGGUAUCAUCAACGUUUUCAAGCAUCAUUUAUUUAUUUAUUUAUUUAUUUAUUUGCCAACAUAUGUGUCUUGCAAUCUUGAGGCUGUGACAAAUUAAGUACUUAAAACCUAUCCUACACCUAAAUCCUAAAUUAUUCCCCUAAAAUCUCCCUUGAUCCAGUGUUGCCGAAAUUGAAGAUACAUAAAUUUUUUUCUUUAAAUGCGUUCGUCGUUAAAUUAAAAUCAAAGUGAUGGAACCAUGUAUUGAAUUGCCUUGUCAUAGCUAGACGGCUCAUUGUUUUCAUAUAAGGUACACCUGUUCUCGCCGACAAGUAAGUUACGAGAGCGAAGAGGUCUCGAUGGCGCGUAGAUAUUGAUCUUCUCUAGUAAAUAAGGGACGUCUAAUUCGUUUUUUAAUAUAUUGGCUACAAAUACACAUUGGUUAACCUUAAAACGGUGUUCGAGCGUCUGUAGGCCAAGCAGAAGGCAACGCGAGCGAUAAUUUGGCAUGGUUGCAAAUACUCUGAGGUGGUCGCAUUUUAAACCAAGCCUUGUAAACUUCCGUUGUAUUCCCUCUAUUCUGUUAAUCAUCGUAGUGCAAUUCGGGAACCAAAGAAUUGAGCAAUACUCCACGCACGAGCGCACAAGACCAGUAAACAACGACUUAAGACAUAAGACAUCAUUCCAUUCACAGAUUUUUCAAAAGAUAAAACCUAGCAUCUUGUAUGCCUUGUUAACAGUGUUGUCAAUAUGUAAACGGAAAUUUAAACUAGAGUCUAGUAUUUUAACAGCUAGAUCACAAACUUCCUGGCGACGAUCUAAUACACUGCAUAACAACGAAUAUUUAUACUAGAUCGUUUUUUUAAUCUAUGAAACGUAAUAAUGAAACAUUUAUCAAGGGCUAACUAUAGAUCAUUUUUGACACCAAGUACCAAACCAAUUUAUAAUAUUUUGAAGGAUGAUGCAAUCGCUAGGACUCUUAACCGGUAAAAAAAGUUUGAUGCCGUCAAAAUACAUUAAAACAGUAUCAGCCGGCACACAAUACAUUAAAUCAUUAAUAAAUAUAAUAAAUAGAGGAGGUCCUAAAUUACUGCCUUGCGGGACACCGGACGAGUUCAUAAAUUCUGCAGAAUUAGUGUUCUUGAUUUUGACUUGAUAACGCCUAUUUUCGAGAUACGAACUUAUCCAUGAUACUUAUUCAUGCCGUAGUGGUGGUUAAGAAUGUUUAAGAAAGAUUCGGGAAGGUGUCCCAUGGUCUUAAGAUAAAGUGUGAACCCCUUUAUUGUUGAAAAUAAAAACUAUUCAGUAAAGUAAAUGUCAUAUUUUGAUUCAUCAACUCCCAAUUCCUUAAUAGACUGUAUCGUUUAUACAGGCGAUUUUAGGUGGUUCGGAAUUCUUCCAACUGUUACAACGGCUCCGGUCGGCUCCAACGAUUCCAGUCGGUUACGGCUGCCAGCUCCGCUUCUGAUCCGUUGGUGCGAUUCCGAUAACCCAUCACUAAAUCGUAUUGGAACAGUGGGUGCGUUCUAGCGUAUCCAUCUCUAGUUCCGAUUCGUAAUGCUCGAUCUUGCUGCUUGUUAUACGAAGCCAAAUUGUGAAUGAGAAUGGUUGUAUGCGUGAAGCCCGCAGCAGCAGCUUGCUGCACAACACACACACACACACAUGCAAAGCAAACGAUUUGACAGGUGUGCGGGGUGCCACUUGACGCGCGGCUUCCCGAUAGCUGACCUUGCAAGGCAAAGCGUCACCAUGGUGAUGGUUGUUAUGCCCGAAACGUAAACAAAAUUUGCUUUUUGCGCUGUGAAAACCCACACACCGACAGGCGCGCGCCGAAAAAAAAAAACAAAAGAGGUGGCUUGCGGGCGGCACUGCUUCACGGGAAGGCGUAACCAAAAAGGGCUGUGCACAGUUCCGGGCGUGAAUGAACGUGGCUCGGCCAGCAUGACGCUUUACUUCGACACCAAGGUACAGUUUCUGGACAGUGAGGCGAUCAGUACGGUCAGCUCAUGGCACCCGGUGGAACCGAUCUUUGCCGUCGCCUCGUACAGCAACGAGCGGGGCGGCUCGGUCACGAUCUUCGACGACACGGGCAUACCGCUGCGCGACGUAUCGUUCCCGGUGCAUCCGACGUCGCAGGCGACCGUGCUGACGUGGCACCCGGAGCGCAAGAUACUGCUGACCGGGUGGGAGAACGGCGAGAUUCACGCCUGGUUCGAGGGCAAGCGGGACUUUGCCAGCGUGAACGGGCCGCACAAGUCGCCGAUCAUGCUGCUCGAGUUCAGCGAGAAGGGCGGCCGGGUGAUCACGGCGGACGCGAUGGGUGUGCUGACCGGCUGGCGGUUCGACGGGCAGGCCCAGUUUCUGACGAUGUUUAACCACGAUCUGCGCGACCCGCUGCUGCACAUCACGUUUCGCCGAUCGAUCCAGAGCGCCAGCAGCAAGGAGCUGACCAACCUGGCGCGGGCGGCGGUGGCCGGCGAUGAGGCGGCCCUGGAUCAGCUGACCAGCUGGCGGCCCCGGACGGCGGUACGCAAUCUGGCGCACGCGAGCGUCCACGACAACUACUGCUUUUACGCGUGCACCCAGGCCGGUAUACUGUACUACAUCAACCAGACCGGCACGUGCACGGAGAUAGUGCGCGGCGACACCAUCCCGAUCAUGCAGAUACUGUGGCACCCGAAACAGGACUCGAUCGUAAUACUGAUGGAGGACAUUACGAUCGGGCACUACGAGGUCGACACGAACGGGCAGAUUGCCGAGCUGGACCGGGUGAAGCUGUCCGGCAAGGUGUCCGGCUCGAAGAGCGCCAUCACGUGGGUGGCCGGCUGCGCACUGGCGAUCCUGACCGGCGACCUGUCCGUCCGCAUCUGGGACAUCGAGACGAAUGACAACUACGUGCUGUCGAUGGAGCUGACCGCGACCGGUACCGAUCGGCCCCCGGUGACCGGGGCAGCCGGUGCCGCCGCCGCCCAGGAAGUGUUCACCUGCGUCGCGUACUGUGCCGACACGCAAACGCUCAGUGCCGGCACGAGCCAGGGCAACCUGUACACGUGGCGCCGGGCGGCCGGUUCGUACGGCCGGUCGUACGCCGGCACCGAGAACCAGUGGCAGCUCACGAACGUGACGCCGGUGCGGGGCACCAUCAAGAGCCUGGUCUGGGGCACGACCGAGGCGAACCGGGCCUGCAUGAUGGUCAACUGCCUGUCGAGCGUGUUCAUACUGAAGGAGCAGUCGCUGCUGUCCGCCCACGCCCGCCAGCUGUGGGCCACGCAGAAGAAGUCGAACGAGCUGCUGAUCCGGCACGCGAACGGGCGCGAGGCGCUGCUCCACACCGACAUCUCCAUCAUCCAUCUCGCGCUGAACGAGCUGCACCUGGUCGUGACGAACGGGCGCACGGUGGCGGUGUAUCGGAUCGAUCCGGCCGGUACGAUGCGCGGUACGCGGGCGGGCCCCGACGCUGGCGCGGAACCGGACGCGCUGGCCGUGUCGCACGUGGACAGCUUCGCGGUGGAAUGCGGUGCGGUGUACCUGUACGAGCAGAGCAUCGUCGCGCUCGGCACGGAGCAGGUCAAGAUUUACUCGCUGAGCGGCAUCAUACUGCAGGAGCUGGUGUUCAACGCGAACGAAGGCAAACCGAUCGGCGUGGAUUUAGUCGGCCCGUAUCUAACCGUGUUCACCCUUCACGGCUACAUCCGCCUGUACGAUGUGUCGCGGCACGACAUCCGCCUGCUGCAGCCGCCCAAAAGUGCGUACGAUCUGUUCGAGAAGUUUGGCGAAAUCAUUAUGGCGCGCACGAACGCGAACGGGACGUACGUGGCGAUCACCAUCGCGAACGAGCAGCUGCUGCCCGACGGCAAGCUGUACCUGUGGAACCUGGAGAGCAACGUGCUAACGGCGCGCGAAUUCCACACCCCCGAACCGAGCGGCCGGACCCGUUGGCUCAAGGACGGCCAAGGGGAGGGAGCGUCUAGUAGCGCCCCGAAUGGCCAUCACUGUCUGCCGGUGGCAUUUUUCUGGGACGCGGAAGACGCCCGACUGCUCGCGUGCGAAACGAAGCCCCUGCCGAGACAGCAGCAGCAGCAACAGCAGUCUCGCACGCUCCAGCCAGAGUCCCAGAUACACGUGCUGUUUGUCGACGCGCCAAAGUCGGAACUGGCCGAGCUGGAGCUGCUAGACCCGAACGGUGCGCCGGGGGAGCAGCUCGAGCUGAUCGGGCUGUGCGUGCCGCACCUGAUCGUGCUGCGGCGCAACGAGAUCGCGCGUCUGUCGCUGCGCGACUUCAAGGGGCUCGACACGUGCGAUCUGGCCACGCGCGAAAUGGUGCUCAACUUCAGCCUGAACGUGGCGCAGGAAAACAUGGACCAGGCGUUCAGCUGCAUCCGGUCGCUGCGUUCGGACACGGUUUGGGCGAAUCUGGCCCGGCUCUGCGUGCAGACGGGCCGGCUGGAUGUGGCGAAGGUGUGCCUGGGGCAUUUGCGGCGUGCCCGGUCGGUGCGGGCGCUGCGCCGUGCGACCGAGGACGCCACGCUCGAGCAGGAGGCCCGCGUUGCGGUGCUGGCGAUCGAGCUCGGCAUGAUGGAGGAGGCGGAAGCGCUGUACAAGCGGUGCGGCCGGUACGAUCUGCUCAACAAGCUGUACCAGGCGUCCGGGCGGUUCGAGGAGGCGCUCGAGGUGGCGGAACACUUCGACCGGGUGCACCUGCGCAACACGUACCACCGGUACGCGGAGUGGCUGAAGGAGUGCGGCAAGACGCAGAAAGCGAUCCAGUACUACGAGCGCACCACCAGCCUGAUGCACAACAUCAGCCAGCUGCUGAUGGACGAUCCGGGCGCGCUGAAGCAGUACAUGCAGGCGACGACCGACCCGGAGCUGCUGCGCUGGUGGGCCCAGUACGUCGAGAGCAGCGGCGACAUGGAGGGCGCGUUCAAGAUCUACCAGCGGUCGGGCGACUGGUUCUCGCAGGUGCGCAUCCUCUGCUUCAUCGGGCAGGUCGCCCGGGCGGACGAGAUAGCGCGGGCGAGCGGGGACCGGGCCGCCUGCUACCAUCUCGGGCGGUACUACGAGAACAGCGGCAAGCUGCAGGAGGCGAUCCAGUUCUACACGCGCGCGCAAACGUACGGCAACGCGGUGCGCAUCUGCAAGGAGCACGAGCUGCCGGACGACCUGUGGACGGUCGCGUGCACGGCCCGGGCCCGGGACAAAGCGUCCGCCGCCGCCUACUACGAGGAGUCGGGCGACUAUCGGCGGGCGGUCGAGCUGUACCACCGGGCCGGCAUGCUGCACAAGGCGGUCGAGAUGGCGUUCCGGUCGCAGCAGCCCGAGUCGCUGCAGGUGAUCGCGUCCGAGCUGGACGCGUCGUCCGACCCGGACCUGGUCGGCCGGUGUGCGGACUUCUUCGUCGGCAUCGAGCAACCGUACAAGGCGGUGCAGCUGCUCGCGAACGCCCGCCAGCUGGCCCGUGCGCUGGCCGUCUGUGCCGAGCACCGGGUGCCGGUGACGGAAACGCUUGCCGAGCUGCUCACCCCCGGCAAGGACGACCUGGCGGAGGGAGAGCGCACAGCGCUGCUGCUGCGCCUCGGCGACAUACUGCAGGAGCAGGGCGACUACCACGCGGCGACGAAGAAGUUUACGCAGGCGGGCGACCGGGUGCGCGCGAUGAAGAGUCUGCUCAAGUCGGGCGACACGGACAAGAUCAUCUUCUUUGCCGGCAUGUCGCGCCAGAAGGACGUGUACGUGAUGGCGGCCAACUACCUGCAGGCCCUCAACUGGCAGAGCGAUGCGAAGAUACUGAAGAACAUCGUCACGUUCUACACGAAGGGGCAGGCGUACAGCCAGCUCGCCAACUUUUACGCCAACUGUGCGCAGGCGGAGAUUGACGAGUUCCGGGACUACGACAAGGCGCUGAAUGCGCUGCAGGAGGCGGUAAAGAGCUUGUCGCGUGCUGCGCCCGGGGCGGCCGGUGGAUCGCAGCCGGCCGCCCUCGAUGCGCUGCAGCUGGCGAUGGCCGAGGUGAGGCGCGUGAUCGAGCUGCAGGACGCAACGGAGCGGCAGGAGUACAGCAACGUGAUCAAGCUGAUCAAGGUGCGGCUGGAGGAGCGGCAGGAACCGGCGCCGCCCGUGCGCGUCUGGGAUCUGCUGGCCCUGCUGGUGGAGUGUCUGGUCGCGACCGGUCAGCACUCCGAGGCGCUGUACUACGUGCGCGAGCUGGCCCAGCGCAAGCCGGACUGGUACCAUCAGGAGCUGCUCGACAAGGCCGUGCUCGAUCGGCUGGUCGCGGAGACGGGCGUCAAUCUGGAGCCGUACGUGAACGUGACGAAGGUGAAGCGUCCGACGACGGCCACGAUAUCCACGAUGAGCGAUGACGAAGAAAUUCAGGAGGUGUUUGAGUAGAAAGUGACUUAAGGUAUUAACGACCCUAGGGCGGAACCUAACUAAGCGACAACUAUUGGAACACAUUACACGCCGUCCGUUAAGAUACUAAGACAUCUGGAAGAGUGUUGGGAACUCUUCAACAAUUUAAUUUAUUUUCAGAAAAGACUAGUAUAAUACUGCUACAAUGUUCCGUGUGUGCAGACUUACUGAGUGUUGCAGAAAGGGAACAGUGGAGAUUUUUGUAAAGAAAUUCAGGAGGUGUUUGGGUAGGAGAUUCUUGUAAAGAAAUUCAGGAGGUGUUUGGGUAGGAAGAGCGCGGGAAUUGAGUAGAGGUUUUCACGACCCUCGGGCGGAACCUAGCAAGCGAUAACUAUCGGGACAUCUCACGCCGUCCGUUAAGAUACUAAGACAUCGUAAAGAGUGUUGGGAACUGUUCAACAAUUUAAUUUAUUUUCAGAAUAGACUAGUAUAAUACUGCUAUAAUGUUAUGUGUGUGUAAACUGAUAUUAGUGACUGUUGAAGAAAGGGAACUUGUAAAGAAAUUCAGGACGUGUUUGAAUAGAAAGAGCGCGGGAAGUGUGGCUAGGGGUUUUAACUAGUGAUGUGCUGUUUGGAGCGCAUCCACGACUCCGACCCGACUCCGGGAAUUGGUCGUCCGAUUUCGACUCCGGCAAAAUCCGAACCACUAGUUCCGUUCGGAGUCAGAAUCGUCUGGGUGGUCCGAAGUCGUUCGGAGUCGUCCGGAGUCGUUCAGAGUCUGAAGUCGUUCGGAGUCGUCCGUAGUCACCCGAAGUUGUUCGGAGUCGUUCGGAGUUUGAGUCGUCCGGAGUUGGCCGGAGUCGACCGGAGUUGGAGUCAUUCAGAGUCAUCCAGAGUUCGGAGUCGUCCAGAGUCGUCGAGAGUUCGGAGUCGUCCGUAGUCGUCCAGAGUCGUCCUGUAGCAUAUCUGCUAAACAGAACUUAUUAUAAUACACACUAUCAGCUAUAGACACAUCGUAACACACUUCGGAAAGCCAAAUCACACCAUUGCAACACAUUCAAUAUAACACAUCAGCAAAUCAAUCCACACCAUAGCAAUACACCCAGACCAUACCGUUCAUAGAAAAAAACAAUUGAGACACAUUUAUCGAAAACAACCGAAACGCGCAACAUAAGUAAUUCAAGCGUUACUGCAGCAAAGUGGACAAACAGAGAACGCAUAGCAACUUAACGCUAAAAGCGCUGAGUAGGCAAAGAUCGACCAACGCACCCGUUCCUUGGCUAGAACAGUUGAAACUUUCCAGGACCUUUGUAAAAACACUAAAAGCGCAACAUAGACACAAAUUGAUAGACACCUCACUCCAAUACAAUGUAUGAAUUGCACCUCAUAUCAAUAACCUUUAAUUAGGACAAAAACACAUUCCAAAACCAAAAUGUAUGAAACCCAUUGAGUAUAAAUAAAACCAAUUCCGACCGUGGCAAGUCAGAUUCGUUCAGACUGUCAGGAUAGGACUGUGCCCAUCCAA